ACCCCAAACUUUUGCGUCACUGAGAUGCGACGGAAGUCCUUACUCCACAAGCAGCUGUCCUUGAAUGCACUGGGGAAACAUGUUACACAACUAAAUGCUCUUUUGGCAUUAUUGAACAAACUAUUCAUACCGGAGUAGUGAUAUAAACAUUCAUGUAAAUUUCCCCGAGCCCAGCGAUGUCUGCCCCUGACUCGAACCAGAGAAAAGCAUGCUGGGGCACUAGGGACGAGCUGUGGAAGUGCCUUGAUUAUAACCAGGACAAUGCCGCCUCCUGUGAGAAGUUCCAGAAAGAGUUUGAGGCGAGCUGUCCUGCUCAGUGGGUGAAAUACUUCACCAAGAGGAGAGACUUCUUGAAGUACAAGGAGAAGAUGCAGACGGAGGGCUUUGAGCCUGCUGCCGGGCCUAAGUCCUAGCCGGUAGCCACUGGUCAGAAGACUGAGAGGAGGGCUUCCAGGGGCCUCCUGGUUGAGGAUGGACAGCAGUGGACUGUCACUGGACACUAAGAGCACAAUCCUGCUAUGCCUCUCAGCGACGACAGCCGCUGGAGGUCAGUGACUUCACACCUGGACCUGAACACUCCGGGGCAGAUGUCACCUACGGGCCGCGGUCAGAUUCUCAAGCCUCUCCCCGAGUGUGCACUUAACUUGGUCACACCUUGCCUCCGACUAGUGACCAUACCGACGUCACACAGGGACAGGUGUGUGGUGACGUAACCACGGCGAGUGCUGUGGAAAGUGCACCCCUCAAAAGUCCCUGACAUGGUUCUCCAGGCUUUCUCCGUCUCUCUGCUCUCUCAAUACAACAUCAAGUGGUUGUAUGUGAUGUGACAAUGCUUUUAUUUGACCUAAUAUCAACUGAACACAUCAACAGCUCCGUAACGGAUAGUCUUAACCACCGACUCAUUUCUUAUUCAUGCUAUUGUCAAAGAUGGAUGCAGAGAUGCUUUAUUUAUGAAUAGACCGUGACUGUGUGUGUGUGUGUGUGUGUGUGAUUUGUUGUGUUAAAUAAAGAUGAGUCAAUGGUUCAUUAUUAUUUUAUAACAUUGGUUUCAUUUCCCAUGAAUCUGGGCCUAUUCUGAGUGAGUUGACUACGAGUGGAACCGCGACGUUAAUGUUAUUCAUGAACGUUACACUUCGUCGGAUUGGUUUGACACACGGCACAUCUUUUACAUCACAAGUUGGCAUGUAUUUACAAAGGUUCUAGAUCCUUCUUCUAAAACCACAACGUAUGAACUUGUGCAACUUUGGAUAAGUUCUAGACCGAGAUGUGGGAUUUAGAUUGCUUAACGCGCCUACGUUCUCAUGGCGACAGUGAAUAAAGUACAAAAAAAAAGGCACACGGUUACAUUUCAAUUUGUUCAACAACAACAAAAUAUAAAGCAUUUUAUACAAGUCUC